AUGGGGGAGCUUGCUGUUGAUAAACAUGUUAAAUAUUUUGUAUCAGUUGAAAAGGUUGUAUCGAUACCCAAUGAGAAAGAGAAAGAAAAGGACGGUAAAAAUUACUUUGUCCUCAAGGAAUGGAUUACGUUCAACAAUGGAGUUAUUUAUUCACAGACAAGAGAAGUCCCAGACUUUGAGACCCGAGACAGGAGGACGAAGGAGGUGAUGCCCCUGUUGGAUAAGACAUGUAUACGUCAACAUGCGUGCACUCUACUACUUGCUGUCCGUGCAUCCACAGUCUUGCCUGUUAUUUUAUCGGAUAAGAUGCUCCUAAACCGUGAACUCACGGUUGAUCGCAAAAAUUCAACCCUUGACAAAUCUGUCAAAUGCAUUGAAUCUGGAUUCAAUCCCAUAAACUCUGCAUUUAAAACGGACUUAAUCAACCAUAAAAGGGGAUUGCACGAAGAAAGCCAGUUUGAUGCAAUAAAGACCAGCCAGCUAGCUGUCAAUUUCUCACCCCCACAAAAAUUUGAAAAUGAGAGAAUGUACCUUAUGCACAGAAAAAGAUCUGAGUACAUUGAUAGGAUUCCCACCAAGGGCGUGG